AUGCUUUAUGAAUUAUUAACAUGUACUUGUGCUGCUUCUUCAAUUCUUUUAUCACUUGUCAAAUGUUCGAAAGCAAAUGAAACAACUGCUACAGGAAAGACAAUUCCUUCUAUAACUAAAGCGAAGGAAAAUGGUUUAUCAUUAAAAGAGGUAAACGGAAAGAAGAAAACAGCUACAAAUGAAAUUAAACCUGACAAUGGAACCAAUAACAAUGAAAAAAAAUUAAAUAUUAAAUCAAUUGAUAAAUUUAAACUUCCCGAGAAUCAAGACAAAUUUGCACAAAAAAGGGACCCAAAUUAUAUGACUUUAAAUGGUCUUCUAGAUGAUUGUUUUGAUAAAACUGGAGAGAAAUUGGCAGAAUCUCCAAAAACAGAAACAAAAACGGAUACAAAAACAGAAACGAAAACAGACACAAAGAACGGUUCAUCUAGUUUAAAAGAAUUUUCUACACCAGUAGUUGUUCCUACAACGCCACAAAAACCUAAAGUAUGUGGAAUUGCUGGUUCAGCUGAUCCACAAUAUCAAACAUUAAACAUGCUAGCAGAUGAGUGCUUUGAAAAGCCAUAA